AUGGCCUCACAGUUGUGGCGAAUUAUUGAUUCGGACCAGUUGAUUCUUUACAUUUGGUCACUGAUGACUGUCUUAUGUUUGACAACUACGUGGGUUAUGUGUAAAGGAUCUAAGAAAGCACCAAUCACAUCAGCUGAACCUCCACCUCCACCACCACCAGCACCUGAACCUCUUCAUAAAAAAGAUGAAUUGAUUCAAGAGAAUCAGAAGAGUAAAAUUGGAAAAGUAGCAGAAGGAGCACCGAAACAAAAAGAUGAAGAAAAGAAAGAAAAGGAUGAAAAAGAUGGGAAAGAGAAAGAAAAAGAGAAAGAAAAAGAAAAGAAAUCUGAGAAAAAAGAUAGUAAAAAAUCGAAGAAGGAAGAUGAAAAAGAAAAUAAACCGAGUGAGGAAAAGAAGGAAGAAAGUAAAGAAGUGAAGAAAGAAGAGCCGAAAAAAAUAGAUCCAAAAGGGAAGGAUGCAUUUAAAAAACCAGAGGAUGAGAAUGCUGUAGCUCCGAAAAAAGAUCCAAAUUAUCAGACUCUUUGUGGACUGAAUAAUGAUCUGUUUGGGCCAGAUAAAAACCCGAAAAAACAGUUCAAAGCACCAACGAAAGUUGAAAAAGCUGAUGUAAAAGAUCCGCAAUAUGAAACAUUGAAUGGACUCGGAGAAGAUCUUUUUAAAGAAGAAAAGAAGGAUGAUGAUGGAAAGAAAAAGGAGUUCAAACCGCCAGAGAAAGUUGCGAAAGCAGAUGCAAAAGAUCCACAAUAUGAGACUUUGAAUGAGGUGGAUAAGGGAAUUUUCAAUAAUAAUAAUAAUGAAGAAGAGAAGAAGUCAAAGAAGACAAAUGUUGAGAAGAAAGAAGAGAGGAAGGAAGAGAAUAAGGAAGAGAAAGAGGAAGAGAAGAAGGAAGAGAAUAAGGAGGAAAAGGUGAAGAGUGAAGAAAAGAAGGAAUAA